CGCGGGUGCCAGACGGACAGGCAGUGAGCUGGGAGGCCCCCAAGCUCUCACACAGCUCCCAGCGCGGCGCAGGUCGGGCGCAAGUGAGGCAGCCUUGAGGCAUGGCGAUGCUGAUGCCUUCUCCAACGGGUCCGGGCCUCAAUUCUGCCUUCAGCCCCUACACAGACUCGCCCAGCUCUCCGGCGAACUUCAACCAGGUCUUCUCAAAUAGGUCCUCUGGAGCCCACUCCGACCACCUUGUCCCUCCUCCAAGCCCGUACCCUGCGACUGUCGACCCUUCGCCAGUCGACAGCAAUGGCACGAGUGCCACCGACCACACCGAGAUUGAGGAUGAUGCACAGGACGGCCUGAAUGAUAUCAGAUCGCCAAACACAGAGGACAUUGUGAGUCCGGCGAGUCAGACCAGUCAGUCCAGGCCCUUCAAGCUCGACACCUCACUACCUGCGCGAAAACGUUCAGACUCAGACGAGGCGCCGCCAUCGGUCAUACAUGUAUCGGCAGACUUCAAGCAGUUUAACCGCGGAAGCGUGUCAGCGGCUUCUCCAAGCGCAAACACGUCGGAGAACACGGCUGUAGUGUCUCCAUCCACACCUGAGGCAAACAUGGUCUUCGAAGCUGACGACAAGCACAACUACACAACGCCAAUCGACACGUCUGUGCCCCGCGGUGCUCUAGAUCGCAGCACGCCCCACGCGCAGACGCGUUAUGACUACGAGGAUGACCUGAAGCGGCGCAGUGCGCGGAUGAGCGUCAAUCUUGCUGACAUAGCAGAGUACGACGACAACAAUCCCACAGAUUCCUCAGCAAGCUCUGUCAUCGAUCAGGACGACGACCAGUCCUCUCAAUCGCAAGGAAACAAGUCUGCGUCUUCCAGCACCCAGACCAUGGGCCAGGCGUUGCACGGCAUAAACGAGACGGAGAAAGAAGUCGCUGCGCUGAAGAGUGCAUUGGAUGAGUGCUGGACGCUAUGCAACUCACUUGCGAAACUCAGCCAGAACCAUCGCCGGCGGAUGUUCAGCUACUCUGGUGGGAGCGCUGACGAGCAAGAGCAUGCUUGGCGGACGUGUUGGCGACUGUGCCAGAAACUGUACGAGAGCCGGGACGAGAACCCCUCGACCCAGGUCAUGCCAACCCUGGAGCUCUGCCGAGACUUCUGCCAGGCCUUGUUCGAUGUACGGCAACGAGGAGAGGAUUCAGCCGAUUCUGUGUUGAGAGUCAGCUUCGAGCUAAACAACCACCUCUACAACGCUCACGACCGCGCGUUGCCCGAAGCGUUCCGGGAACGCACGCUAGACUUCUACCUGACGCUGUGUCACCGGUUGAUGAAGCAACGAACAUCUCUGCCGGAGGAGACAGAUUCACUCCUCCAUGCUUGCUGGUCGCUGGCAGAGACGCUUUUUAGCCUCCGUCAAAACAGCCGUGAUGGCAAGCCUGCGGAUGAGGAGCUCUUGGGUUCUGGCAUACAAGCUUGCUGGGAGCUGUGCGAUCUGUUCCGUGAAGGCUGGACCCAGGUGCGACCUGACCGCGGCACCCCACGUCCGACCCAGUACGAGUUCAAUUUGGGAUCCAGUUCCGGCUCUGUGACACGUUCGCAACGGUCUUACUCCGAAAGGUCUGGACGCUCGUCGUCUAGCGUCAAUGAUUCGUACCACUCCGCCAUCUCUUCUCGAAGACAGACACCAGCAGUACCAGAUACACCUACGACCAUCUUUGACGAUCGUGAAGAGUUCUCGCCUGCCGAAGAAAACAACGUACCGAACAUCUUGGUACUAGGACCAGAAGCUGGUCUGACACGAACGCACGACCGCUGGUCUUCUGCAUCUUCGAACCUUUCCACAUAUUCCGAUGCUUCUAUACACAGCUCGUCGACGGCCACUGCAGGCCGGACAGACCCAAAUCUUGUCCGGCUGAAAGGCCUGAUCGUCAAAGCCGCCAUCAAUGCUGGCUACAGUCGCCAAAUACCGUUACCCGACUUCAUUCGCGCUUUGCCCUCAAACAGCUUUGGCACGCUUCCGUGGCAGAGCCAGCUUUUCGAGAGCUACAGGAAGCUCGUCCUUGCAGACCCUACACUACGAACAGCGCAUACCGAACCACCUCGAAGACUCACCGCCGUGGAAAUCGGUCGGUCAGUACAAUGGAUGGCGCGCAGUGAGCAGUUCAAAUGGCUGCGUGACCUCUAUCGAUUUGUUUUUGGCAACAAUCCUGAGGAUAGCAGUCAACGCAACCUCAUCAUCAACGCAUAACGACUUGUCGCAUCCGCACGCAUGCAUCUUGUUUGGCUAGGCUUUCUGCUCUUCUUUCCGCUCUAUACCCCAACGCUCCUUUCGGUUCACCACGACGCUAUCUGAUCAACGAUCAUCUACGAAGCAAAGUUUGGACCGAGACAUUUGUUCAAUUCGAUGUAUAUAUUCUUACCUGAUCAUCCUUCGAGCUAUCUAUCUAUCACCUCUUCGUCA